AAAAGAAAAACAAGAGGAGGAGAAGAUGGUAACCAAAGCAGUAGUUUCUGUUGCAACUUCCAUUACAUCCUCAAAGUUUCUAAUAAAUCCAACUCAUCAAUUUUCGUGCCUGAAAAGGCUGUCUUCUCUCAACUCUUUUUCUGCUUCUGCUUUGGCCAUCAAAUGCAGAGGUAUCAGUAAUUGCACUUCCAACAAGUCGGGGAGAACAAUGGAGGGUUUCACAACAAGAACAAGGGCAUCCGCUCAACCUUUGGAGAACGCCGACGAGCUUAUAGCCUCCGUCGAGACUUUCAUCUUUGAUUGCGAUGGAGUUAUAUGGAAGGGUGAUAAAUUAAUAGAUGGAGUCCCUGAAACUCUAGAUAUGCUUCGUUCAAAGGGGAAAAGACUGGUUUUCGUUACUAACAACUCAACCAAAUCCAGGAAACAAUAUGGUAAAAAGUUCGAGACGCUUGGUCUGAAUGUCAGUGAGGAGGAAAUUUUUGCAUCUUCAUUUGCUGCGGCUGCAUAUCUGAAGUCCAUUAAGUUCCCAAAAGAUAAAAAAGUUUAUGUCAUUGGUGAGGAUGGCAUCUUAAAGGAGCUUGAGCUCGCGGGAUUCCAAUACAUUGGUGGGCCGGAGGAUGGUGGAAAGAAGAUAGAGCUAAAGCCAGGGUUUCUAAUGGAGCAUGAUCAUGAUGUUGGGGCUGUGGUUGUUGGAUUUGAUCGAUAUUUCAACUACUAUAAAGUCCAGUAUGGGACACUUUGUAUACGUGAAAAUCCUGGUUGUCUUUUCAUUGCCACAAAUCGGGACGCAGUCACUCAUCUCACAGAUGCACAGGAAUGGGCAGGUGGUGGUUCUAUGGUUGGUGCCAUCUGUGGAUCCACUCAACGUGAUCCACUUGUUGUGGGAAAGCCUUCAACCUUUAUGAUGGACUACCUUGCAGACAAAUUUGGCAUCCUCAAAUCGCAGAUAUGCAUGGUUGGGGACAGAUUAGAUACUGACAUUCUGUUUGGACAAAAUGGUGGCUGCAAAACUCUUCUUGUUCUCUCAGGUGUGACAACAUUGUCGAUGCUUCAGAGUCCCAGCAAUUCCAUACAACCUGAUUUCUACACCAAUAAAAUCUCAGAUUUUCUUGCUCCCAAGGCUGCAAUUGUGUGAUGAUGCAAACGCUUGAUGUUUUUCUAUGCAAAAAUUUCUGUACAACAGUUUUAAAAUUGUAGAGUUUGUUCAUCAA